AUUGAAAGGUCAAGGCUGCUGACCUUUCGGAAUGUAUUGGAACAUGGGGAGCAGACCUAAUAGGAGCUGGGGGAGGAAAACCGUUCCUCUUUUGUUUCUGCAACAGGUCGCUUCGUGGCUGAAGAAGACUUUCGGGGACCAGCCGAUCCCUCCCUACGAAGCGGACGCACGGACAGUGGAUAUUUUGUACGAGCUGGCAGAACGCAACGAGUCCAGAGAUGGGGAUGUCAGCUUGUUAACUGAAGACAUGAAGCAGAAAGCAGCGGAGUACGAGUCCGAUGGCCGCUUCCUGCAGGAACUUUUAAUGGAGAGUCUGAAUCUUUCCGUCAGCAGCCUGUCUAAAGCCGGUACAAGCUACCUGAAUAACCUGGUGGAUAUUGCCUUGGCGCUGGAAACAAAGGACACUUCUCUUGCAAGUUUUAUUCCUGCCAUCAACGACUUGACUUCCGACCUGUAUGCAGCAGAAUCCAAAAACAAAGAUCUAGAACUCGAACUGAGCAACCUGAGGAGAAAGCUCACAUCAGUGCUUGUGCUGGAGAAACGCCUUCAGGAUGAUGUCAUGAAAACAGAAGAUCUUCUGAUAGUGGAAAGAGCGAAAGCCGAUGGCCGAACGCAGAAUAUGAAGUUCCUGAAGGAAAAAUCGGAAGAUAUCAAGUUCAGAAUCAAGUCUGCCGAGGAACAGCUUUCUGCCAGUGGGCUGGAUGCUUCUCUGACACAUGAGUCACUAGUGACUCUUUCAGAGAAACUGGCAGAGCUGAAGAAGCAGGCAGUUCCUUUAAAGAAGAAGCUGGAGUCUUAUCUGGACCUGACACCGAGCCCUUCUCUCGCUCGAGUGAAGAUUGAAGAAGCGAAGAGGGAGCUGGAAGCACUCGAGGCCGAGUUUUCAACAAAGGUGGACAUGACAGCACUUUCAGUAACUUUGCCUACCAAACGACCAUUUGUAUAAUCACUCUGGUGUACGAAGAAAGGGAGUAAUUGUGGAUGUUGUGAAUAUGUGAAUACUGGUUUAUCUCUUCCCUCAACAGAACAUACCAUAUUGCAUAUAAAUUCAUUUUUUCCCUGGGAAUAUGUUAUUCAGUCUUUCUGAAUAAAUUUUUUAAACAUAA